AUGGGUCUCCCUUUUGCAGCUGAUAAACCCCCCUGGACUUGGGAUGCAGACCGCACUUUUGCGCAGAUCAAGGAGGAGAACCCAGAUCUCGUCCUGGGGACGGAUAGCCGUAAGUCCACUAGUGUUGUUGAUGAUCCGGAGACGGGUAAGCUGCGGGCGAGAGAGCUGAUUGGUGCACCCAUGGAGUUGACUUUGGGAGGAUGA